CCAUUGUUUAAUCGUUUGGUAAUUCUUAUUUGAUCAAUUGAUUGUUUCUUCCAUUUUCAAUUAAGUUUCAGUUAUUGAACAUGAUUGUGUUAAACUAAUGGAUGUAACGACGAUAUUUUAUAUCGGAACUACUGUAACAGCCGGCGUUUCAGUUUUAAUGUUCCUCAAAAGAUUCAAUUUUUGGUACCAACUUUUCCAUAAAGCUGAUCGCACAAGCACAAAACAUGGUGGAUCAUUAGUAGCAAAGGUACUGAAGUCGCACGAUAUUGAUACUAUUUUUACACUACCUGGAGGCCAUAUUUCACCUAUUGCUGUUGCUUGCGAGGAACUGGGAAUUAAAGUCAUUGACACGCGACAUGAAGUCAACGCAGCAUUUGCGGCCGAUGCCUACGCAAGAGUUGGCCGAGGAAUUGGCGUUGUUGCGGUGACUGCGGGACCUGGUUUAACCAAUGUAGUGACUGCUUUAAAAAAUGCUCAAAUGGCAGAAUCGCCAGUUGUGCUUCUUGGAGGAGCGGCCGCCAGUAUACUGAAAGGAAGAGGCGCACUUCAAGACAUUGACCAAAUGUCGUUGUUCAAGCCAGUCUGUAAAUACUGCGUGUCUGUUAAUAAAGUGCGAGAUAUUAUACCGACCUUGAAAGAAGCCAUCAAGAUUGCACAAUCUGGGGUUCCUGCCCCAGUUUUUGUUGAACUGCCGAUCGAUACUCUCUAUCCGUACCCGAUGAUUAGCAAAGAAAUAGGCGUCAAGGAAAAACCCAGAGGAAUAGUCCAAAAAAUUGUUAAUUUCUAUCUCAGUAUUUAUUUGAACGACUUGUUUGCUGGUGCUUUCGAAGAGAGAAGUUGUGAACCUUUAGACAUUGACAUUCCAAAAGCUAAAGAUUCUCAAGUCCAAGCAUCGGCAAAACUACUUUCACAAGCUAAGAAACCAGUUUUCCUUAUAGGCAGUCAAGCUAUUAUACCGCCAUGUUCGUUUCAAAACACGAUAGUAGCUCUUGAGUCGUUUGGAGCUCCGUGUUUUCUUAGCGGAAUGGCCCGUGGACUUCUUGGACGUAACAAUCCAAUUCAUAUCAGACAAAACAGAUCUCAGGUUCUAAAGGAGGCCGAUUUGAUCAUACUUGCUGGAACUGUUUGUGAUUUUAGACUGAGUUACGGACGAUCUAUAGGCAAACAGGCGAAAGUGAUUUCAAUCAACAGAGGAAAAGACUUGAUGAAGUUAAACAGUGAUAUGUUCUGGAAACCUGACAUAGGAAUCGUGGGUGAUUCGGCAAAUUUCAUUGGAAGGUUACACGCGGCGUUGCUCGGAUACAAAGCUGAUGAAAGCUGGGCGAGCGAACUAAAGUCUCGAGAGAAGGAAAAGGAAGACAAACAUCUCGAAAAGAGCAAAAUGGAGGUUGAUAGAUAUUUGAACCCACUUCAUGUUUUGUUCAAAGUCGAGGAGAAAUUGAGUCAGAACUCGAUUAUAGUCGCAGAUGGCGGUGACUUUGUAGCCACUGCUUCGUAUAUUUUACGCCCUAGGGGUCCGCUCCAAUGGCUGGAUCCAGGACCCUUCGGAACCCUUGGAGUGGGAGCUGGUUUCGCCAUAGGAGCCAAGGCUGCAAACCCUAAUGCUGAGAUCUGGAUCAUAUACGGCGAUGGUUCUCUAGGGUAUUCUAUAAUUGAGUAUGAUACGUAUCGCAGAUUCAAAAUCCCGGUUCUUUCAGUCGUCGGUAAUGACGCGUGUUGGACCCAAAUUGCACGUGAACAGAAACCUAUGCUGGGCAGCAAUGUAGGAUGCAUGCUUGAGUUCUCAUCGUAUGAGAAAGUUGUCGAAGCUUUAGGCGGUAAAGGAGUUCUGCUUAAAGACCAAGAGGAUAAUAUUGAAGGCAGUUUGGAAGAGUGCAAACAAACUUUGAAAGAAGGAAAGUCGGCGUUGUUGAAUUGUCUGAUUGGAACGACAGACUUCAGAGAUGGAUCCAUUUCAGUAUGAAUCAGUCAUCGUUUGAUAAUGCUUUGGUUAUUCGUGCUUUCAAGAGCCUUUCUUGCCUUAUUUAGAUAAUCAGAAAAACUUUUCCUGUUAAAUUUUGAACUGCAGAUGAAAAAAGUUCGCCAAUGUUAAAUGAAAUAAAGUUCAAGUGAAUUUAACUGACCAUGAAAAUUUCGGCGAUUGUUGGAAAAUUGCAGCGAGUAUUGCGGUUCUUUUUAUAUGACUUCUAAGAAAUCAAAAAAUGGCUUUUGACUUUUUUCGUUGUAGUUCAUAACUCAGACUUCUUUUCAGCUUAUCAUA